AUGGCUUCCGAGAGCGAUGACCCGCUCAUCAGCGCCUUACCCCCGGCUACCGACUAUCUGACCUACCUGACCCUGCUCGAGUACCAGCUCACCCCCGCCCGCCUGCCGACACUGCAUCGCCUGCUGCAAGAUGAGGUCUUGACCACAAACAUCGGCUGGGACCUGGUCCAGCUCCUUUUGCCGAUGCUGCCGCACUCCCGAGACUGUCUCCAAGACAUUGCCCGGCUGGGAAACCCCCGCGAGGUUAUAUUGAGAGUCUCGGACAGCUUGAUGAAGCUAGAGCCUAGCUAUGAGAGUGAGGACGAGGAUGCAGAAGAACUGGAGGCAGAUUUGCCCGAUUCCAACAAGCAGGGAAAUGAGCUUCCACGCCAUGUGACUCAAUUCAACUGUUUGAUUUCCAUGCUCUCCGUCCUUCACCGUCGCAUCAAAACAAAAUACCCAAGCCGUUUUAUUGCAACAUCUCUGCAAGCCACCUUGGAAGCUUAUAGUUCAAUGCCGACAGACGAGACCACCAGUGCCCUUCUGGAAUUUCUAUGGGAGUUGUCUCCAUCAAAACGACCCGCACUGCCGCCCCGCGGAACAAGCGAUUCCUCUGUCUUGCGGGUGUCAAAAGCAUCUGCACCCGACCCGGAAGCUGCGUAUGAUGAACCAACUACUGCAGGCGAUAAACAAGUACAGCUCAAGUUGAUUCAAUUUGGCCUGGUUGAAGCUCUGAAGUCGUAUUGGCUGAGUCUUUCGACUUCAGACAACUCAGGUUUGUGGCUAGCGCUGAGGCUGUUAGAGAAGCUAGAUCAGCAGGAAGGGCGAUCAACAGACCAGCGAUCCAAAAUCCACAUGUAUACUCAGAAUGGACAGCUCAAGGAACGAGACUUGAUUAUUGGGAAAUUUUGCAAGGCUUUAUCACGAGACCUUGGUAUCACCGACGAAGACAUGCUGCGUAUUGUGUCUACACCAGCAGCCUCUCAUCCACCGCCUCUAGAUUUCGACGAAUUGCCAAAUACACCAGACGCAAUACCGUUAGAACGUCAUGGGGCUUUGCUCUUGUUGGCCGCGCGCUCAUCUGCCGCUCUCUUGUUUUCUGGGGCUGAAACAGCCCGAGUACCUGUGUACCCGGAUCUGGCAGUAAUCCUAUCAAAUUUCGUCGGAAUGCCCAGUACCACAAGAGGGGUCGAAGAAGGACAGGCACAAGCUCUUCACGAUGCCCUCCUAGCAUUGACAGCAAUCUCGUCUCACGGUGGAAUUGAGCAGCCAACUGACCAGAAGCAGUACAGCGAUUUAAUCCUUGCAUUGACAGCGUGCAGUUCUCGCCAAAGCUACAAUGCACUACGAAAUAUCCCAGCCAACAUAGUGCACAACAACCAAUCGGAGAUUGACCGGCUUGGUCUCAUGCAAGAAAUCUUUGAAAAGGAGGAAUUGCUCUAUGCGCGCGAAAGCGCAGUUAGCUGGCUCAAACAUGAGAUCCUUGCGGCAGCAAAGAAGCUCCAUUCCGGCCAAACAUAUAACGCCAGCGCCAUCUUCAUUGAUCAUCAUUAUAUUUCUAUCCUCUUCGCGGCCCUCUACAAUAAAAUCGAGCUGGACUCUCUUGAUAUGUCUACAGGACUCGUCUUCUCAUGGAUCCGGUUUUCACGGUCUCUCGCACCCUACCUUCACGCCGCGCUGAACUUAUAUUAUGUGAUUAUCUGCUCCUCGCAGCUACGUGAUAAACUAAAAAUAGGAGGCACAUCGCAUACCUCGUUUCGAAAAGAGUUUCUCGGUCCACUGAAAUCAGUCUGCAACGCGUUUGAGGCAGAUCUGACACAGAACGGGGGCAAUGGGCGCAUUGAAGCCGUUGUAGGCGAAGAUAUGUGCCAAGUCGGGAUGGCGAGGUCUGUUGGGCUACUGUAUCAUAUUAUCGAGCAGGUUGAAGCGAAGCUAGGCGAUAAGACAGUUAGUGAAUAA